UGAAAUGUCAUAUGUGUUUAUCGUUAGUAUAUUCUGUGGUGUUUAUUUCCUUUCUAAAGUAAAUGAGAUAUGAGAUUAUAAUCGAUAAACACGAAUUUUGCAGAACUAGCAUUUCAAAACAUUGGUUUUAAUCAAGUCCGAAUUUAAUUUUUGAUAAAAUGUCGGCAGAAAGGGAAAGUUGGAGCGACAAAAUCAACGAUUUACUUCGGUUUAUUGACCUUAUGGUCAAACAAACUUGCCGAAGAGCAAAAUACGAAUAUGAUACCCGUGGAAGAUAUAUUAAAGAAGAUAAAACUAGUAUUUAUUCUGUUGAUCAUUUACGGAGGGUAUUUGAGAAUCCCAGAGAACAUAUUUAUCAAUUAGUUAAGAACCCCCAAAAAACUCUUAAAGGUCUUAGGGUUGAAAACCAAGGUGCUCCGGAACGAAAGGAUACAAGAUUUACCAAAAUCGAGCAAAAAAUGCUUCUUGACUUUGUUAAAAAAGUUCAAGACCUAUCGCCUGCCCAACAGGUGCAUUGGAUUGAUCUAAACCACUAUAUAUAUUAUGCUUACAGAAAUUUUGCUUGCGAAAAUCCAAAUCCCAACCCUGAAGCUUUAUCAGCUUUUUUUAUUUGUGAGAUGAAGUGUCUCCUAGACCGCUUGAAAGAAGAAGACGAGAGUCAGGUGUGGCUCAGAAUAUUUACUUUACUAAGGGAGUAUUGCAUAUUUGCACAGUGGCAUUAUAGCCAAAACUUUGACGAACAUGCCCUCACGAAAUUUUUUUACUAUUAUGAAGCCAUGUUAACUUCUGCAAAAAGUUUAAUUCCUGUAUUUUUGGAUUUCGAGAAGGAUGUGAUAUAUAAACAUUAUAAAGUCUGUUGGAUAGACUUUAAUACCUUUAUUUUUAUAAGAUACUUUUAUGAAAGUGAGAAAGUUACAGAGAAAAUAUCUAAACUUCUAGAAAUGAAUAAUAGCCCAGGAGAUUCACCCCAAAUGUUUACCUUGAUGAGCGAUUUAAAUAAGUUAUGGACCAAGGAAAAAACUAGAGUUUCUUUAUUGCAGCAAGAAGGUCGGUUAGCUGAAAAUACACCUGAAGCUAUAAGAGAAAGGAAGAACUUGGCUAGUCACAAAAAAAUAGUAAAGGGCAAUUUUUGGGUUGAUAGAACUAAGGAUCUUAAGAAGCGUAAUGAAUUACAUAGACUAGAUCACAAUUUAUUUGAGUUACUCAAUGAUCCGGAUUUCUUGCCUGAAGGCCCUGGAGUUAACAAGAAUGGCCAGUGCAUUUGUGAGGAAUGUAUGAUAGCUAGAUACAAAAUUUUUUUAGAUACCAAUGACGAUUUUUCUGCCAUACAAAUUACUGACAGAAUAAGCUUCUGCAGGAGAUGUAAAUGUCUUAUAAAGUUGGAUUUAUUCCACCAACAUAUAUGCAACCAUGCAGAAAACACGAAAUAUCAUAAAAACUCAUUAGCAAAACCACACAAUUUAAUUAAUUUUAUAUCAGAAAGGAUGGAUUUUAUGAGGAUAAGAAGGAAUUCAAACAUAAGCGAUAUGCUGAAUGAGAAAUUAAAGAUAAAUAAAACCAACAGUGUGGUGUCUAAACUAGCAUUAGAACAAUAUUUGCAGAAUAAAAAAGAAUCUGAUGGAGAUAUGAGAAACAAAAAUGGUAGAAAUAGAUUAUUUCAAGAUGAUUUAAUGCAGGAACUUGGAAAGGAGUUAAAAUUACCAAAGGAAAAAACUGAAAAUACUAGUACACAAAAUUGUACUACCGAACAACUCGAAGAAAUUGAAAAGAAAAUGUUGGAGAUUCGGAGAAACGGUCAUAAGCCAUAUCCACCUUCAAAACAAGCCAGCACAAAAGAAGUCGGCUCGAAAGAUGGUUGCGGUCCUUAUGAAAAUUCUAAUAAUAAGAAUACGAAAAAUUGCGAUUGUACUUAUUGCGCAAUUUUUGGUUCAUCUACGAAAAAUGUUCAGUUAAAAGAAAGAUUAGCGGCGAGAUUAAAUCAAAGGAGAGAGAAAAAGAAAGAAUCUGCCAGUCCGCGCAAUCUGCAAUCACCACGCGCGCGUGGGCUAACAAAUGGUGAUUUUAAUAAACUGAAAGCCAGCAAAGUUGAAAGUAGGGUUCCUCUCCCUGCAUCACCAUCAAAUAUACCUUCAACGCCGACAGAUUCUUCAGAAUAUUCUUUGCCAUCGGGGCAAAUAUCUGAUAUACGUGGUUUAGUUAAUUACAUAGAGGGAAAUAGUAGUAAGAGUAAGGCAGAACUAGCCAAAAAGAAAGCAGCAAAAAAAGCAAGGCAGAAAGAGCGUAGGGAACAAGAAAGACUUGAGGCAGAACUGGAAGCCAAGCGAAAAAUCGAACAAAAAGCUGUGAAGGAAUUAGAAAAGAAGGAAGAAAGGAAGAAGGAAUUAGAAAAGAGAGAGGAGGAGCGUAAAAUCGAAGAAGCGCAAUUAAAGAAGAAACUGAAGAAGAAACGUCAGGCUAUGAAGCGGCAGGAAUUAGAAAGGCAGAAAAAUACUUUUGAAGAGACCAUCCCAGCUAUGGUGACAAUAAAAAGAACGCCUGGAGACGAGAGCGGCAGCCCGUCAGUUACUAUCACUUUGAAAGGGUAUACUCCAGACCAAGACAAACUCUUAACAACCCUUAUUGACAAGACAGAUAUGGAGGAGAAGAAAGAGGUUUCAGUAACUAACAAAAAUAUAGUCCAAGGAAAAUGCGGCAAGAAGAAAAAGAACGCUAUGAAAAUGAAUGAAUCAAUUAUGAGCUCAAAAGUUGUAUCAGAUGAGGCAAAAAUCAUAGCUAAGAAUGUUAAAGUUACUUUGGCAGUUGACAAGAAUCCAAUUCCAAUCAUACCAGACCCUCUAAAUAUGAUCAUUGAUCAACAAUUCAAACACCAAGCGGAAGAAAUCAAAAGAGAGAGGGAACCAACAGCAGACGAAAUAAGAGCUUUAGGAAACUUAAAAUUACCUCCAGGUAUCACAAUUACUAAAGUGGAAGGCCCUUUAUCAAAUAAGAGCUACCUGGGAUCUGAUACAAAUAAAAAUAGCUCUAUGUUAGGUAAGUCUGGAGUAAUAGUAGUUGAUACAGAAAAACUUAUCCAGAAAAAAGUCGAAACGGACAUAUCAAAACCAUCAAAGGCUGGCAGGAGAAAAAAGAAGAAAUCGAAGAAAAACGCGAAAGGAAUCGAUGUAGAGCAAUCAGAUAAGCCUAAGAUGGUUACAUUAAGAAAUCCGAUGUUCCAGCCCUUCCAGAAUCCUAAUUCGAAGUCAUUCCCGGCUGAUGAAUCAGCCCCGGCAGCUAUAUUUACCAGGGAAAAUGGUAUGGUUACGAUAAGAAGUUCCAGGCUGCAGCAGUCUCUAGAUAAUGGCGCUCCAAAUAGUUCCAACGCCGUUCCAUUCGGUAUAUCUUUGAUGCCAAACUUAGUACCUGAAAUGCCCAGUUUUUCCAGCUCAGACUCUGAGCACCAAGAACAGAGCAGUAAGAGUGCAGAUAAUUCUUCAAAUAAAAACUCGAAUUUGAACGCUCAAGAAAUUUUGUCUGGUCUACCAGGGAUAGAAAUAACUAAGGUUGACAAAAAAAGUGAUAGUAAUCAUAACGUUGACUUAAAUAAUGGCACACACGACGCUCAAGUCUCUAUAAUACCGUCAAAUGGUACUGAUUUUGAUAUGGAAUUUGAUAAAGACGAUGACUGGUUAUACGACAACGUGUUUAAACCGAGAGACGUGCUUGAAGAUGACAUGGACGACGAAGAGUUGGAACUUGAGGCUUUUAAAAGGUUUUGUCAGCAAUCCAUACCUCCCAAGGAAAAGAAAGUUGCUCACUUUAAUGUUGCUGAUAUUGUAUUAAAGAAAAAGUUUUCAUAAAUAAAUGUUCAUUGUCUUUUUUUUUAGUUAUUCUUUGUUGGAUCUAAAAUGCUGGCACGAUAUUUGCCCUGUUUUAUAUUGCUUUUUUUACAAUGAAUAUUUAUUUUUGAAAUAUUGUGAUAAUUUAUGUUCUUAUCUAGUUUUGUUAGUAAUUUUACA